UCUGCAGCUGUUUGCGGCUCAUUGAGUGCUCUUUGAGGUUUCAAGAUGAUGGGCACCCCUAAGCAGAAACUGCGUCCAUCACUCGGAGAGCCAUCUCGCGUCAGCCGGCUGCGUGCACAAUCUCCUGGUGCAUCUUCAGUUGGUUCUGCAGAAGAUGUUGGAACUUCACCAAGGAGGCGUGCUCUUUUUCAGGGUGGUGCAGGACGCAGCAGAGGAGUGAUCGUGUCCAGGCAUUCACGCGAUCCACGCCCAAUUGGAGAUCGAGGCUUUACAGCUCAAUGCGCCAAGAACGUCGUUGAGCUGUUGACCGCAAGAGGGUUCUCCAAGACGUUUUCACAUGAGAAGCUGCUCAAGGACCCUUCGACCAAAGAGUUCUACGACGUCUUUCGCUUCCUUGUUGCCCAGCUGGACCCACAACUGGAAGUGGAAGGUCGGAUGGAAGACGAGGUGCCAGCCAUCAUGCGACGAUUGAAGUAUCCAGUAGAGGUAAAUCGUUCAAAGCUUCAGGCUAUCAGCGGCCCAAACACAUGGCCGCAGCUCCUCGCAGUGCUGGAUUGGCUCACAGUUCUGGUUCGCAUCAGCGACGACUUGAUUGAGCCUCUCGCCGCAUGUCAGCUGGGCUUGUGUGAUAUGGGCGACCCUGACAGAGAUGCUGGCGAUAGCAGUGAUCACCACGUUCUUCGGUCCCUGCAUGAGAAUUACUUGAACUUCCUCAGUGGGAAAGAUGACUGCGGUGAUGAAGAGAGGCUUCGGAUGAUCUACACGCAGCGCAUUGAAGCCUUGCAAGCCGAAAUCGAGCGUCUGGAGAACCAGCAGGUGGACAUGCGAGCUCGGCUUGAGAACUUCAACUCUGAGCAUGAAAGACUGCUGGAGCUGCAAAAGAUGCCGGCACAGCUGGAAGUUGAAGGCGACAGGCUCCGCGCUAGCAUUCAGGCGCAUGACCACAAAGUCCAGACGAUUGAAGACGAAACUGCUUGCAAAGAGGCGGAAGAGCUCGAGCAGCAGAAAGAGCUCGAAGAGUUGCAGACAAAGCGCUCUGAUCUUGCAGAUCUGGUGGAGAGCCAGGCGUACUCCAAGCGAGACAUUGAGCGACUACAUGCAGAGCGUACCCACCUUCGUCAGCUAUUCAAGGAUUUGAAGGCUGAGAGCGAACGAGCGGACGAAGAAGUUUGGGAGCUGGGUAUGCAGGAGCAAAGCCGCGCAGAGGAGAUUGGUCGCCUGGUUCGACAGGUCAAUGACAUUACAGAGUACUUGGGCCAUGCUCUGGGAGAGGAGGCAGACGCCGUGGAUUUCCGCGUGCGCGUUGACCUCUCAGAGCCGGGUGAUGCUCUUGCGGCCCUUGCCUUCGACGAGCAGAAGAGCCGGGCGCAGAUCGCAUCGGCAUCUCACAGCGAGCGGCUUCAGCAAGAAGAGCAGAGACUUCAUGAAGUGCUUGAGGAACAGCGAGGCUUGCAGGCUGAGCUUGACGAGCAGGAGCGGGAGUGCCGCCACUCGAAAGCACGCCUUGAGCAGCUGACUCGGAUCUAUCAGGACUACCGCGAGUGGAGCGGUUUGCAGAUUGAGGAUGCCCAGAAGACUACCGAGGCAACUGAGGAUGCAGUGCAUGAGAUCUCCAUAGGUAGUGCAGCGCCUUCAUUGCGAGAUGCUGCCGAGGUGGACAAGCUGAAGUUGACCUUGGCUUCAUUGCAUACACAGGGCGCUCAUGAAAGGACAAAGCUUGAGGAGCAAAUCCACCAAGAUGAGAAGCGCUUGGAGGGGCAUCGGCAGUUGAUUCUGCACGAGUUGGAAAGCUAUGCCAAGGCAGCUGGCACACUUUCUGAUGAUGUCGAAGCAGCUCUGCAGGAGCCUCCAUUGCCCCACAUCAGUGAGCACCGCAGCAUGAUGAUGUCUUCCAGGUCCUUGGAGAAGGCCUCGCCCCUGGUGAAGGCAGGUCUUUGAGCCGAACGAGGACUCUCAUGCUCCAUGUAAAGAUAGGCAGUUUUUUGACCGCGUGAUGCCGGCUUGAAGGCCGGAGUUGCAACAAUUCCAUUGCAGUGUCCAACUUGUACGUUCGGGA